UCUGAGGCCAUGCCAGUUGUCCUGUGGAAUUGGACAGACCCUGAGACCAGUAACAUGGGUCGGGGCAGGCUGCUGCGGGGCGGGAAGUUGUGGGUGGCUGAGAGAGUGAAGCAAGCAGACCAAGGCAACUACACCGUGAGAGAUGGCAGAGGGAAGGUCUUGUCCCGUAGCACCCUCACUGUCCAUGGUAAACAGAGACACCAGAGGAUUAAAGUUGAAGUUUUUUAAACUUUGGGAUCCUGUCAACAAUAAUGAUUAUAUUUUUAUCUUUCACUUUCCAUCCGAUGCACUCUCAUAUCAUCGCCUUCAUCCUCCCAUCAUCUUUCUGUUCACAAUACUGCAUGUGAAUGCAGGGCAUGCUUUCAAUGUCACCCGCUACACUAAGGAAUCCCUUAACCUGCCCCUCUUUCUUCCUGUCCCUCACGCUCACCUCAUUUUUACCCCCGCCCGACACCCUGAUGAAUCCUCUCUGGGCCCUUUCGACCCUAAGCCCCCCCGUGGUCCUGUGCAGCUGAUUCGCGAGGGCCAGAUAACAGACCACGACAUGCGGUACAGGGGUCUGAUCUCUCUGGGCAGAAAUGGCUCCAUCUAUGAAGUCAUCAUAGUGAGACUGACUUCAAGGCACGAUGGGGUAUAUGAAAUCAGAGAUGGGGAUGGCAACCUGGUGUCCUCCACCUGGUUGCAUGUGAUUGAAAAGGGGGGUAGAUGGCGAGCACUUCUCAAGUCCAUCACUGUCCCUUCUGGCAUGUUUGUGUCGCUGGCUGGUUUCAUCCUAUUCAUGAAGCGCUACCCUACCUGCACCCUGUCGCAGAUCGCUGCUGGUUUUAGAUCAAACCACACACCACCAGCCAAUCCUCCGAGGGUCAACAUCCAGGAUUACAGUCAGGCCCACCCUCAUCCCUCAGGCUUCAGUUACCCUCAGCAGCCUGUAACACCAAUGAAAUGGAUCCCGAGAGUCAGUCCAACCCAUACUGGUUACACUCCUGUUAUGGAAGGAACUCCAUCUCAACUAACUCCUCAAGUAACUCCUGCUCAUGUGAGAGCUGAGAACCAGGAAGCACACAGACUGGCAGCUGGGACCUCCCCUAGUCAUAAUUCAACUACUGAGCAGGAAACAUCUAAUGAGGAAGAGAGGAAAAUUUCCUUUUCAGUGCCCGGGGGUUCAGACUGCCUCCACUCGUCAGAAGACUGUGUUCAAUUCCAAAUCAAGAAAGACGGAGACAAAGAAAGGUGGAGCAAAUCACAAGAGUAUUUUUCUGCACUGCCACUAGACAUGGACACGUCUGAAUCCUACAGUGUUUACACUUCGGAGAAACUGGACUGCUUAUAGAGCACAGAGAUGUGGAGCUGGAGUAAAGGAAGGAGAAACGUAAUAUGUGGACAAAGUUAUGGAAAAGAUGUACCUCGUCUGUGCCUUUUGCAUCUUGUUUAAAUGAUCUGACAACAAUAUUGCAUGCCAUUUGUUAAUGUAAUGGUAAUUUUUCUGCAGCAUGGGUUGAGCAUUAGACUUCUUGUUGUCAUAUUUCCCAUUUCUUGAG